GGAUCGGGCGAGAAGCAUGGCGGGCGCGACGGACUACGCGAAGGAGCUUCUGCGGAGGCAGUUUCUAGAAAUGAGCCGCAACCCGCCUGAGGGCGUGUCGGUCGGCCUGGGCGACGACGAGAACAUCUUCAACUGGGAGAUCCUGCUGGUGGGCCCGCCCGACACGCUGUACGAGGGCGGCUUCUUCAAGGCGGUGCUCGAGUUCCCGUCCGACUUCCCCAACAUGCCGCCCAAGAUGACGUUCAAGUCGGAGAUGUGGCACCCCAACGUGUACCCGAACGGAGUGGUGUGCAUCUCGAUCCUGCACCCGCCUGGAGAGGACCAGCUGAACCAGCAGGAGACGGCGGACGAGCGGUGGCGCCCGAUCCUGGGCGUUGAGUCCAUCUUAGUGUCGGUCAUCUCCAUGCUCUCGGACCCGAACGACGACUCGCCCGCCAAUAUCGAUGCUGCAGUGGAGUGGAGAAACGACAAGGAUGGCUUCAAGAAGCACUGCCGUCGUAUUGUGCGGAAGUCGCAGGAGGAUAUCUAGGUCAGUCAGCAGCUUCCGUAUCGUGCUGCGCCGGGAACGCAAGUAGGCGUGUGACUGCACCUCGUGGUUCCUGCACUCUUGCGAUCCUGUGCGCUGCUGCGUCACUCGCAUGCUAUAAAGCCGGCCGUCGUCUCGGGAGUCGUAGCGUC